AUGCCUACUACUACAACCUCCACCCCCCUCCCAACCCUAAUCUUCAUCCCGGGCGCCUGGCACCUCCCAACCUGCUACACCAAACUCAUCACCUACCUCCAAACCCACCACCCAACCCUCAACUGCACGACCAUCACCCUCCCCUCCACAACCGGCGACCCCAGCGCCACAUUCAAAGACGACCUCUCCGCCGCCCGCGCCGCCAUCACCCACGAAACCCUCCACCACGGACGCAACGUUGUCCUAAUCGCGCACUCCUACGGCGGGAUGGUCGCCAAUAGCGCCAUCAAAGGCUUCACAGUCCCCCAAACACCCACAUCCGGCACCAUCAUCGGCCUAAUCCUCAUCGCCUCCGGCUUCACCCUAACCGGCUUCUCCUUCAUGGACCCCUUCCUAGGCCACCCCCCGCCCUCCUGGCGCGCAAACCACACCACCGGCUUCGCCGAACUAGUCACUUCCCCCCGCGAACUCUUCUACCAUGACCUCCCUGAGGAAGAAGCCCGGUACUGGGCCUCGCAGCUCAGACCGCAGAGUCUGAAAGCGCUGUUCGAGGGCGGUGAGUUCUCGUAUGCCGGGUGGAAGGACGUCCCGUGCUGGUAUAUAGGCACGGAGGGGGAUAGGGGGUUGCCGGUGCUGAUGCAGCGGGUGGGUGUUGGGAUCGCGAGGGGGUUGUGUCCUCCGGGAUGGAGGGUGGUGUAUAGGGAGGUGGUGGGCGCCAGUCAUUCGGUGUUUCUGAGUAGGGUUGAGGUCGUGGGUGGGUUGGUUUGGGAGGCUGUAGGGGGGGUUAUGGGGAGGAAGGAUCUUGGGUUUGAAGGGGGCGGAAGGAAGGGGGUGGAUGGUUAUUGGGAGAGUCAGGGUGUGGUUGUGCCUGAGGCGGAUGUUUGGAGGGUGUCGACGUGGUUCAAGUAUGGUGUGCCUGCGGCGUUGGGGAGGGGGGUAGGGUGGGGGUUUGGGUUGGUUGGGUGGGUUAGGGGGUGGUGGUAG